CUGACCAAUCAAAAAAUGUUUCGAAGCAACUUCAUUCGAUCGCAUAACCGCACUUCCAUAUCUUCAUUAUCUUGAAGGAAACCACAAAAACGCAAAAACAGGAUAGAGACAAAUACGCAAGAGAUUGCAAGAGAUAUAAAGUGGUAAAAACCAAGAAAAGAGGAAGUAAACAUACAUUGUAAAGCUAGUCUUUAAAUAGGUUAGAAGCAGAAUAUUUCAGUGUUAUUAGUUACACUGUAUUCAGAGAGAAUAGAGAAACUUCUCUGGUAUAUUAAACAAAAUGACGAGACGCGUUGCUGUGGUAACUGGUGGAAACAAGGGUAUCGGCUUUGCUAUUGUGAAAGCUCUCUGUCAGCAGUACAAUGGAAAUGUUUACUUAACAGCUCGCGACACCACUCGUGGAUUGAAUGCUGUCAGUGAACUGAAAAAACAAGGCUUGAAUCCAAAAUUCCAUCAAUUGGAUAUCAAUGAUGACGACAGUGUUAAUACAUUCCGGGAUUACUUACACAAUACAUAUGGUGGUCUUGAUGUGCUGGUUAACAAUGCCGCCAUAGCAUUUAAAGUUAAUGCUACGGAAUCUUUUGGGGUCCAAGCUGAAGAAACAAUACGAGUAAAUUACUUCAGCUUACGUAGAGUGUGUACUGCUCUCUAUCCGUUACUCAGAUUGCAUGCCCGCGUGGUUCACAUGUCGAGCAGUGCUGGACGUCUAUCUAAUAUUACUGGUGAGGCAUUAAAACAGAAAUUAGCUGAUCCAAAUUUGACUGAAGCAGAAUUGGACGAAAUUAUGCACGAAUUUGUCAAUGUUGCAAAAUCUGGUACUCAUUUACAAGCUGGUUGGUCAAAUUCAACAUAUGUGGCAAGUAAAAUCGGUGUUACUGCUUUAGCCGGUAUUCACCAAAAAAUGUUUAAUAUGGAUUCCCGAGAAGAUAUUGCAGUGAAUGCAGUACAUCCUGGUUACGUAGAUACUGAUAUGACAAACCAUAAGGGAACUUUGAGACCAGAUGAAGGGGCUAUAGCUCCUGUUUACUGUGCAUUGUUGCCAGAGAAUACAGACAUAAAAGGAAAAUAUAUCUGGUAUGAUAAGACAUUAGCAGAGUGGAAAUAAACAGAUGGGUAAACUGGAUUGUAUUAUAAUGCAUAAUAUGUCAAGAAAAGUUGAAUUAUAUUCCAUAUAUAUUUCAUAUAAUUAUAUUCCAUAUAAUUAUUUUUAUGAUAUUAA